ACUUGAGCCAGAACGAUGGCGAGGUGGGCCUAUAAAUGCCUCCGUCAGGCGCUGCAGCCGCAUCAUUGCCACCGGCACCGCCACAAUGCCACCGCAAGUCACGAGUACGACUCCCUUCUGGCUGCUCGCCUCCUUCCUGGGGCUCCUGUUGCUCCUGCAGCUUCCCCACCAGACGCCUGCACAGUGCAUCGACACCCACGAGCCGGGAUGCCAGCACCCGGCAGAGAUUGGAAUGGCACAGCGGCACUGCAUCGAUCCCACCAAGUUCUGGCAAUGCUACGCCCUUGGCGACCCGGCGAAGCUCAAAAAUUGCCGCCCCAACAUGGCCUUCGACCAGGAUCGCAACGCCUGUGUCCCCUGGAUCGCAUGGGUGUGGCAGCCCUGCUUGGAGCCUGUCAGUCGUCCGCCCGGAUGGGAAGGAUGCCAAUGGACAAAAGAAGAAAUGAUAGACUAAACGAAUAAUCUGUGCAUGCUGGACCAAAUGAAUAUCAUUCUUAAGAUUUGUUGUAUAUUUUUGCAUCUCCUUAAAUAAAUUAAAUGUGCAUGAAACCUA